AUGGAUGAAGAAGGAGGAUCAUCCGGGCUGGUUAAAUCAGCUGCAGUCAAACUAUCCGAGAUGGGGGAGAGAACCAAACAAUUAGGCACCGCCAUUAAGGAUCCUCACCAGCAGAGACGGAUCAUUUUAGUGAUUGUUUGCGUCGCUCUCCUGCUGGACAAUAUGCUCUACAUGGUAAUCGUGCCAAUUAUCCCGGACUAUCUCGCAGAUCUGGAGAGUGAGCAGUCAGAGCACGUCCACGUAGUGAUGCACCCCAACUCUUCAACCAACAGCACAAGCCUAGACAAAAGCACCAAGGACAGUUUAGACGUUCAGAUAGGAGUACUUUUUGCGUCCAAAGCCAUCCUACAGCUUUUAGUAAACCCGCUCUCUGGGACUUUCAUUGAUCGGGUUGGAUAUGACAUUCCGCUUUUAAUCGGACUCACUGUGAUGUUCUUUUCCACAUGCAUUUUUGCAAUCGGGGAGAACUAUGCCACGCUGUUUGUCGCCAGAAGUUUGCAGGGUCUCGGCUCUGCGUUCGCGGACACCUCCGGGAUCGCGAUGAUUGCGGACAAGUACACGGAGGAGACGGAGAGGAGCAAGGCGCUGGGGAUCGCCCUGGCGUUCAUCUCGUUCGGGAGUCUGGUCGCGCCUCCUUUCGGGGGAAUCCUGUACGAGUUCGCGGGGAAGAAAGUUCCCUUCAUCGUUCUCGCGUGUAUCUGCCUGGCGGACGGCUUCCUGCUCCUGACAGUCAUCAAACCCUUCUCCAACAGGACUAGAGAGAACAUGCCGGUGGGAACCCCCAUCUACAGACUCAUGAUCGACCCGUACAUAGCUGUAGUAGCCGGGGCACUCACAGUGUGCAACAUCCCUCUGGCUUUCCUGGAGCCCACAAUAGCCAACUGGAUGGAAACCACCAUGCACUCCACUCAGUGGGAGAUGGGGCUCACGUGGCUCCCGGCCUUUUUCCCGCAUGUUCUCGGUGUGUACAUAACAGUCAAAUUAGCUGCAAAGCACCCAAAUUUACAGUGGUUCUACGGAGCUGUGGGUAUGGUUAUCAUAGGGGCGAGCUCCUGCACAGUCCCCGCAUGCAAAAGUUUUGGGCAGCUCAUUGCGCCUUUGUGCGGGAUUUGCUUUGGCAUUGCGCUUGUAGACACCGCGCUCCUUCCCACAUUAGCCUUUUUAGUCGAUGUGCGUCAUGUUUCAGUGUAUGGAAGUGUUUACGCUAUAGCAGAUAUUUCUUAUUCUGUAGCAUAUGCUAUGGGUCCAAUAGUAGCCGGGCAGAUCGUGCACAGUCGCGGCUUCGUGCAGCUCAAUCUGGGUAUGGGUCUUGUUAAUGUGCUUUACGCGCCAGCUCUGUUGCUGUUGCGCAACGUGUGCCAAAUGAAACCGUCCUACUCAGAGAGGGAUAACCUGUUAGAUGAGGGUCCGCAGGGGUUGUACGACACUAUCAGGAUGGAGGAGAGGAGGGCGAAAAAGAAGGGCUACAGUACCGCGGGGAACUGUUUGUCAGUAGAUGAAAACGGGUUCGAUCCCUUCAAAGCACAGCGGUCCAUGUCAGAGGAGUCAUCCGGUCCAGAGUUCACUUAA